UGGAAGGGGUUCGAGAGUGAAUCGGGGAACGAGCAAGAAUGGAUGGGCAGAAGGCAAAGGAAACCGAAGCGAAGCAAAAAGAAGAAAAUCAGAUCUUGUAUCUCAGUUUACAAGGAAGAGGGAAAGGAGAAACAAGAGAUUAAGGUGGAUAAGAGGAAAAGAGCAUCAAAGGAGCAAGGAUCGAAGGAGAAGAUGCCUAUAUUUUCUCCCGGAUCCCAAAAUCAGGUGGCAGGUGAUUCAAUCACUGACAGCGGUAUUGAAAUCAGGAACGGGAGUCUACGCAGAGAUCUAGAGCUUUGUACUGCAGAAAGGAUCUGGGCGUUUGCAAAGGAAAUUGGCGUGGGAGUCCGAGACAACGAAACAGAGGUGAUCCAGAGAUUAAAGGAAAUGGAAGAUCGUGAUAGGAGGCUGAUCAAAUCAACAAAGAGUGGAGUCAGAGAUCUAGUUGUGAAAGAGAAAGUAGAAUUUUUGGCCAUUCAAGAGUUGAAGCUAGAAAUGGUUGAUUAUCAAGUGUGUAGAACUAUAUGGGGUGCAGACAACUUUGACUGGGUAGCAAAGGCAUCUAGAGGAACGUCUGGAAGGUUAAUAUGUAUCUGAAACAGCGACUUACUGAAAAAAGAAAGUAUAAUUGAAGGUGAGAGUUUUGUGGGAGUUUAUGGUUUUUGGGGGGUCUCAAAAAUCCCUGUUCGUAUAUUGAAUAUAUAUGCUCCUUGUGA